AUGUCUGCCUCAAACUGCACUUAUCGUGCACUGGUCUUCGGUGCCUCCGGUAUUACCGGAUGGGCCAUUGUCCAAGAAGCGCUGAAGUAUCCUACCCUGGACACCUUCGCUACAGUCAUUGGGCUUACAAAUAGACCCUUGACAAAACCAGAAGCGUUGUUUCCUGAUGACGAAAGGCUUGAGUUGUACAGCGGUGUUGAUCUAAGUAGCGGCGUGCCUGCAAUCAAAGCGAAGUUGGAACGAAUCAAUGGGAUUCAGGGCGUGACGCAUGUUUACUUUUCUGCAUACACCGGACAUGGAACGGGCUAUGAGGGGAUACUGAAAUCGAACGUUGAGAUCCUGGAAAACGCCAUUCAAGCUGUUGAGGAUCUCUGUCCGAAUUUACAAUUCUGGACAUUCCAAACGGGUGGGAAGUCCUAUGGUUUUGAAUUUGUUGACAAGAUUGGGGUUCCAGAAACGCCAAUCAAGGAGUCUAACCCCGGAUUCCCGAACCCUAUGCGUCAAAAAUUAUGUACUACGCCCAAAGUUCGACCGGAUGGCGUUUCCGGUUUUGUUCCUUCUAACAAUGCUAUGAACCUUGCUCAAGCGCUUGGUCUGUUCCUUAGCUUCUUCGCCUCCCGCGAAGGCCCCGGUGCGAGGGUGAUCUAUCCCGGUCCGCAAUCCGCCUAUACGGCCCCUCACACCGAUGUCUCGCAAUCCCUCCUCGCACGUUUCCAUAUCUACGUUUCUCUCCACCCAGAUCUCACCGCCCAUCAAGCCUUCAAUAUCGGUGACGAACCGGAAGGAGUGACGUGGGCGGCUCUGUGGCCACGUAUUAGCGCGUAUUUCGGCCUUGUGGGGGCUGGGCCGAUCCAUGACAGCCUUCAGGAAGCCUAUAAUAUUGACAAGUAUAUGCAGACAUACCGCACGGAAUGGGCUGCGUGGGAGGCUAAGCACGGCUUGAAGAAAGGUGUGAUUAAAGGAACAGAUUUCACGUUUUUGACAAUAAUGUUGGGAAUGGCGGUGUUUGGACGAGAGUACGAUCUGGGAAAGGCACAAGAAAUUGGGUUUAGGGAGACGAGGGAAACAGUGGACGGCUACUUGAAGGCUUUUGACUUGAUGAAGAAUGCGAAGAUAAUUCCUUGA